GGCUCUGCGUCCAGCUCUGGCGCAGGAAGGCUCUUUUUGAUGGACAAUCUUGUGGAUUCUUUAAACAACGCAUACCUAGAAUUUGUUGCAGCAGCAGCCAAUGUACUUGAGUCAAAGGAGAGCUCUGGUGGUCUGAAAACUGGGGUGACUGAUGCUGCUCUAGAAAACUUCAAGCAACGUUGGGAGUUGUUCAGAGUUGCAUGUGAUCAGGCAGAGGAAUUUGUGGAGUCUGUGAAGCAAAGAAUCGGGUCUGAAUGUUUGGUGGAUGAGGCAACUGGUUCUCUUUCUGGGCAGCCAGCUGCUUUAGGUGGUGUACAGCCCAUCAGUGCAGUUCGGUUGGAGCAGAUGAGUAAAGCUGUCAGAUGGUUAGUGAUUGAACUUCAGCAAGGUUCUGGGACAGCUGGUGCCUCAUCCCACACUCACACUUCUGCUCCCUUUGAUGCUCGGUUUUCUGAAGACGCAGCCCAAUAGGAAUUGCUGACAGGGUAUAGGCGUAAAAAGACACCUCAACGGUGAUGAACUGAUGAUACGAGACUGCAAGGCCACAUGACACAUUGUUGAACACAAUUGUGUCUCUUUACUGUGUAACAUAUGUACGAAGAGCUUCUUUUUUGAGACUUUUGGUGCUCACAUUUGUUAAAACCUGAUUGUUAGUGCUUUUUUCCCAGGUCAUAUAUUGCAAUUGCCUAGGGCUAUAUUCGCAGUUAUGAGCUUCAGCCUUUUCUCCAUCAACAUAGAUUCUGCCUUUUUUUAAAAUGGUGCAUAUCCAUAUUAAACAUCAGCCUUUAUUAAUGAGGAAAAAAAAUAUUUCUAUUGUUUUAUAGUUGUAUCCUCUCCUCUCAAGCUAGGCCCAAGUCUGCUCCAUGCCUAGGCUACACGUCCACCAUGUGCAGUUGGAGUCUUGCAGACUUUGGCCUGCAAGUUUACAAACCUACAGAGGAACAAGCAAUACCGUUUCAAAUCCAGUACAGCUUCACAAUGCUAUAUCCACAGUUAGACACUGAUUUAUGUUCAGUAUUUCAGUUUCGCUUUGUCCAAUAUCUUUAUAACACAACUUUGUAUAUCUUAACUUCUUAAGAUCACGUUCCUUUCUGUAAUGUUUGUGUCAUACUGUCAUUGUUGG